UACACACGCGCUCGCUUUCUUCCUUCCCUGCGCUGCACUGCACUGCACGCUCUCUCACGCACGCACCACGCAGCACCAGCACCAGCCUCUCUCUCUCUCUCUCUCUCUCUCUCUCUCUCUUCUCUUCUCUCUCUCAUGAGUAAUAAAUGGCAGUGACCAGCAGCAGCAGGGGGGCGUGCGUGGCUGGCUGAAGGCUGUGAGAGUGUGAGGUCUAGCUGUGCAAUGUGCAGGUGCAGCCAUCGCUGCUGCUGCUGCUGCUCUGCUCUUUUCAUGUUGACACUUCGCUAAACCCCUCCCAAAACCUCCUCCCCCCCCCCCCCCCCCCGAUGCGUUCUUGGCCAGGGUCGGGAGCGAGGCGUUCUUGAUUUUUUUCUUCUUCUGUUUUUGUUCUUGAUUGAUUGGAUUGGGGAGUGAUUCGGUUUGUUCUUGAUUUUGAUUUUUUGUUGUUGUUGUUGUUGUUUGGGGAGAAAGAGACGAAGGGGAAGCUGUGAUUUUCUCUUCCUUUCCACCGAGAGAAAAUUUUUUGAUCUGUUUGUUGUUUCUUGGAAUCGGUUUUGGUUCAAGAACAGGCGCCGCCUUUUGUUCCGGGAAAUUCGCUUGUGAUCCUCCGAAACCCAGAAUUUCUUUUUUCGAUCCGUUUUGAUCGAUUGAAAGCAAAUAUCAUCUUGAAAAGGAUCGUUCUUGCUGGUGUUGGUUUGGGGAGGAGGGGGAGGUUUUCCCUCUGACGAGCAAGCAAAGCAUUUGGGGCCGCCUGUCGAUGACUGAGGGUUUGAUCCGAUGCUGUCGGGGUGCACGGUGUCCAGUCUCGCGGCGAGGUUCGCCUUCUUCCCGCCGGAGCCGGCGACCUACGCCGUCAGGAAGGAUGAGGCGUGCGGCGGCGGAGGGCGGCUGGUGGCGUCGGGCGUCCCGCGGGACGCCGCCGUGGACGUGCUGCUGGUGGACACCAGGAAGGGGAGCAAGGUGGUGGCCUUCUACCUGAGGAACCCCGCCGCCCGCCUCACCGUGCUCUACUCGCACGGCAACGCCGCCGACCUCGGCCAGCUCUACGACCUCUUCGUGCAGCUCAAGGUCAAUCUCAAGGUCAAUCUGAUGGGAUAUGACUACUCUGGGUAUGGAGCAUCUACUGGCAAGCCAAGUGAAGAGAAUACAUAUGCAGACAUUGAGGCAGUUUACCAGUGCUUAGAAACAGAGUAUGGAAUCAGUCAGGAAGACCUUAUCUUGUAUGGACAAUCUGUUGGCAGUGGACCUACAUUGCAUUUAGCUUCCCGUUUACCAAGAUUGCGUGGCGUGGUUCUUCAUAGCGCUAUACUGUCAGGCCUCCGAGUUGUUUGCCAUGUGAACUUUACUUUCUGCUUUGACAUCUACAAAAAUGUGAAGAAAAUCAAAAAGGUUAAAUCCCCAGUGCUUGUUAUUCAUGGAACUGAUGAUGAUGUCGUGAACUGGUCGCAUGGUAACGAGCUGUGGAAACUGGCGAGGGAGCCUUACGAUCCGCUAUGGAUCAAAGGAGGAGGCCAUUGCAACCUGGAGCUGUACCCGGACUUCAUCCGCCACCUCUCCAAGUUCAUCCGCGAGAUGGAGAACAUCACAACGAAGACAAGGCUUAAGAAGAUCCGGCAGUCCCUGCAACCCGCACCUAAGAAGGUCCACCACCGGGCGAGCACCGGGACGACCACCACCUUCACCACCAACUGCUGCUGCCGCAUCCGGGUCCGCAAACCGAGUUGCCGUUGCCCUGGCUGCAACCUAAGCUGCGGCUGCUGCUCUGGUCUGAUGAGUUGCUUCUCAUCCCGGCUGUUCAAGUGCUCAACCUGCUUCUCCUCCUGCAGCUGCAGGGGAUGCUUCAAGUGCCCAACCUGCUUCUCCUUCUCCUGCAGCUGCUGCAGGAGCUGCCUCAAGUGCCCAACCUUCAAAUGCUGCUGCUGCGGUUCAUGCAGAGAUGAGCAAUAAUGCAAAUCUCUAUGUGCUUGUGUAUAGGAAAAAGAGUGGUUCCGAUAUAUCUGACAAGUUUAAUUCUGUAGAAACUAGACCUUGGUUCUCUUAGCUAAACAAACCAUAGCAAGAUAAAGAUGCUUCUCCUUUUCUGUUGCUUGUCU